GGAGAUUAAGAAAAUGGAAUAAAGUGGAAAUGUGUGGUUGUAGUUAUGUAAGAAAAAAGUGAAAUGAAUGUGAACCACACAAAUUGUCUAAAUAUGGUAAGUGAAUAGAAUAUUUUAGGACGGUCCAAAAAUGAAAGUGAGAAGAAUUUUAUGGGAGGGACGGGAGUAAUAUUUUUCUCCCAUUUACUGGACGUCUGGACUAAAGGUCGCUAGUAAAAUGAACCAUUUAGCAAUGCGGUAACAUAUGCAGUACAGGACUCCACCAGUUGGACCAUUGGCUACACCAAUUAGACCAUUCACACACUAAAUGACUAAAAUACCUACCCCUUUAUUGAGCUGUAGAUGCAAUUAAUGAGCACUCAGCUUUCAACCAAAUUUAUGAGCUGCUAAUUUAUUAUGAACAGUACUCCGAUUUUGACCGGUGCCCAGGAGACAGGCUGCAAUGUGUAUAUCUCUUUUUCCUAUCAGCCGUCCGAUAAUAGAUCCAACAGUCACCAUUUCUUCUAUCCAAAAAUUAAAUUCCAUUUUUGUUCUGCCUCUCAAGAAUUAAAUCCCAAUAUAAAGAAUAAAAACAGAGCUUUCCAGUUCCCCCAGCUUUAGAUGCCCAGAUGGAAAGUGCUUCUUCAGGCAUGAGAGGGAAAGAGAUCAAGUCCCCUGAGGUGGCUUGGGGCACCCCUACCCCCUCCCGCACCCCUAUAGCCAGAAAGAAGCUGGGGACGCACUUCAUCGAAUCAGACGACCGGAGAAGAGCCCUCGGCGGCGGCUACACGGGCGGCGCUACGCCGGUGAACAUCCACGGAAAACCCAUUUCCGAUUUGUCCAAGACCGGCGGCUGGAUGGCGGCGUUCUUCAUUUUCGGAAAUGAAAUGGCGGAGAGGAUGGCGUACUUCGGGCUGUCGGUGAACAUGGUGGCAUUCAUGUUCUACGUUAUGCACAGACCAUUUACCAGCUCGGCGAACGCAGUAAAUAAUUUCUUGGGCAUAUCGCAGGCUUCCUCUGUUCUCGGUGGCUUCUUAGCUGAUGCUUACCUCGGCAGAUAUUGGACUAUAGCUAUUUUCACUACCAUCUAUCUUGCGGGUCUAAUAGGAAUAACCCUGUCUGCAACAUUGAAAAGCUUCAUCCCAAACCAAAACCAGUGUGAUCAGCUAGCAAUACUGUUAGGCAGUUGUGAAGCAGCAAAGCCAUGGCAGAUGACAUACCUCUACACAGUCCUUUACAUAACAGGCUUUGGAGCAGCAGGUAUACGGCCAUGUGUUUCCUCCUUUGGGGCAGACCAGUUCGAUGAAAGAAGCAGAGACUAUAAAGCGCACCUCGACAGAUUCUUCAACUUCUUCUAUCUUUCUGUCACCCUCGGCGCCAUCAUCGCCUUCACCGCUAUAGUGUAUAUCCAAAUCCAGCAUGGGUGGGGGUACGCUUUCGCGGCAUUGGCUAUCGCCAUGGGUCUGUCGAACGUUGUUUUCUUGGCAGGCACGCCUUUGUAUCGGCAUAGGCUGCCCGGUGGAAGCCCUCUCACCCGAGUUGCUCAAGUCCUAGUUGCUGCCUUUCGGAAAAGAAAUGUUGCUUGGGAGGAGAGUGAGUUUGUGGGGCUGUAUGAGCUUCAAGGUAAACGAUCAGCUAUCCAGGGCAGCAGCAAGAUUCCUCAUACCCAUGAUUUCAGAUGGCUGGACAAAGGAGCUUUGCAGCUGAAGGAAGACGGAAUCAGCCCAAGUCCAUGGAGGCUGUGCACAGUUACUCAAGUGGAAGAAGUCAAAAUCCUAAUAAAACUUCUCCCCAUUCCAACCUCCACCAUAAUGCUGAACCUAAUCCUAACUGAGUUCUUGACUCUAUCAGUCCAGCAAGCCUACACUCUCAACACCCACAUGGGUCGUCUCAAACUCCCAAUCACCUGCAUGCCUGUCUUCCCGGGCCUCAGCAUAUUCCUCCUCCUCUCUCUAUACUACUCUGUCUUUGUCCCGCUAUCCCGACGCAUCACUGGUCACCCUCAUGGUGCUUCCCAGCUCCAGAGGGUCGGUAUCGGGCUAGCUGUCUCGAUAAUCUCUGUUGCAUGGGCAGGCGUGUUUGAAAGGUACCGGAGAAGUUACGCUAUCAAAAAUGGCUUCGAGGGUAGUUUUUUGACUGCCAUGCCGAACCUGAGCGCUUACUGGCUACUCAUCCAGUACUGCCUGAUAGGCAUCGCGGAGGCCUUCUGCAUUGUGGGGUUGCUUGAGUUUCUGUACGAGGAAGCGCCCGAUGCCAUGCGAAGCAUUGGGUCAGCUUAUGCGGCCGUGGCGGGAGGGUUAGGAUGUUUCGGGGCGACAAUCAUGAACAGCAUUGUGAAAGCAUUAACGGGUGGGAAGGAAGACGAUGGUGGGCUGGCACUGCAUUCAUGGCUGUCACAGAACAUAAACACAGGACGGUUCGACUACUUUUACUGGCUUUUGACCGUGAUGAGCGUGAUCAACUUCUGCGCCUUUUUGUAUGCAGCGAGUAGGUAUGAGUACAGGGUGAAGCCGGUGAGUGGUGAUGAGGUUAGGCUGCAGCCUGUUAAAAGUGAGCUGCCCACCGUAGGGGAGUGAUAUGAAGCUAGCUAGACUGUAUACUUUGUAUUAAUUGAUUAAUUAAGCAGUGUUGAGGAAUUCUUUUUAAGCUUGUUUGCCUAUAGCCUUAUACGAGUAUCAUCUUACAUUCUUACUUUGAUCUUUGCCUCAAUUGUAUACUAAAGUGGAUUGUGGAAUUCACACAGAAAGGAAUUUCAUUUGUUGUUCUUCAUUUGUUGGCAUAUUCUUCAUGUUUGGCCCACUGAAUUGUGCAACUAUCGAAGCAAUA